CACAGAUGUCACAGAUGACAGAAUUAGGAAAACAGCAUCUGAAAAUUGCUGAAUAUUUAAUUUUUCCUGUUCCCUUGACAGGUUGGACUUAAGAACACACCAAAUUUGCUUCUAAACGACGAAGAAGACUGGCAAAUAUUCAUUACAAACCUCAAAAAGGAAUCUUCAAAUGUGGAAAUAGUGGAAUGAUGUGACUGCAAACAAUGAAAACUCUUUCUAAUGGCAGCGUCAUGUCGCGGGCGAUCUUAGUGACGGGCGGAGCGGGUUACGUUGGCUCUCACACUGUAGCCGCCCUCUUAGAGCGGGACAACGAACAAGACCUGGAAAUAGUGGUUGUAGACAACCUGAUCAACGCGCACAAGGAGAAUGGACAGAAGAAACCUGAAGCCAUCAAGAUUAUUGAGGAGAUGACCAACCAGACUAUACAGUUUUAUGAUGUGGACAUCAGAGAUGCCGAUGCGUUGAGCAAGAUAUUUGAAACGCACAGCAUCGACUGCGUGAUACACUUCGCUGCACUGAAGGCAGUCGGCGAGUCGGUGCAGAAACCAUUGGAGUACUAUCAAGCCAACAUCGCUGGGACUUGCACGCUGUUCGAGGUGAUGCGUAAAUACAGCGUAUACAAGCUAGUGUACAGUUCUUCUUGUACUGUGUAUGGGGAACCGGAGCGCCUGCCCAUCAAUGAGACACAUCCCACGGGCCGCGGCCUCACCAGCCCCUAUGGGAAGUCCAAAUACUUCUGCGAAGAGAUCAUGAAGGAUUUGUGUACCAGUGAUUCGAAAUGGAUGGUAAUAUCGUUGCGGUACUUCAACCCUGUAGGAGCUCAUAUCAGCGGCCGUAUCGGAGAAGAUCCUGCUGGCAUUCCCAACAACCUCAUGCCGUAUAUAUCACAGGUAGCAGUGGGUCGUCUAAAGGAAUUAUUAGUGUUCGGCAACGAUUACCCGACGGUCGACGGGACGGGCGUGCGGGACUAUAUUCACGUGUCGGAUCUGGCCGACGGGCACGUAAAGGCGGUUAAACUGUUCUCGCAAAUCGGAUUCAGCGGGUUUCACGCCGUCAAUCUAGGCACCGGGGCCGGUUACUCUGUCCUACAAAUGGUAUCCGCUUUCGAAGCGGCUAGCGGAUGUAAAAUUCCAUACAGAAUCGUAGGCCGACGAGCGGGAGACAUAGCUGCGAACUAUGCGGACGUCUCCCUCUCGCACAAACUGUUAGGCUGGCGCGCGACAAGGACGCUACAUGAUAUGUGCAACGACACCUGGCGGUGGCAACGCAACAACCCCAACGGCUUUAAGAAAAGCUAAGCGGUGUUGCCAGAACAUAGGCGCGCUUUCCUACUAGCGAUGUGCGAGAUGCAGGGCUUGAAACCGGUUUCAAAAAACCCGGUAAAUAAAGGUUAAUACCGGUUAUUAGUAAAGGUUUCGUUCGGAGCGCGUCCGAAAUAAAAGCGGUACCUAAAACCUCAAUAAACCGGUUUAAUCCAGAGCGACACGUGCACGCGUCGGCAUCGCUUGAAGUUUGUUUUGUUUGAACUAAUCAAGUUUCAACUUUUUAAUGCUCAGAGAUUG